AAGAAAGUUAUAAACAAAUUAGUAGCGGUCGUGUCUCGGCGACUCGCGGAUGACAACGACAUCAUCUCAGUGGUGGAUUAAUCAUCGCUAUCGGGGAGUUGGAAGUGGAAAAAUCCUGUUCGUACAUGCAUAUAAAUUGGUGCAGCAGUCGUCAUCGUGUCACAGCGGCCGAUAGUGUGCAAAUAUUGUAAAAAAAAGCUGCCCAGCAAGACAAUCGAGUUUGCUGCAGGUUUUGUGAAAUGGAUUAAUACACCGAGGCGUUGCUGCUGAUGGAAGUGAUUUUCUCUCCGGCAUUGCAGUUGCACAUCCGUCAGUCGUGCGGGGUGGAAGAGGGUAAUGUACUAAACUAGGCGUGCUGCGUCAGAGACAAAGAAGCCGUGUGAAAAGUACAUCCCCCGGGGCGACAUUUGGCGAUUGGUGACGGUUUGUGGAGGUUUGGUUUGGAAACGAUUGCUCGAAUACUUCACCAUCGCAGGACCUUGACCGCCGGACAAGGCAUUAGUCAUGGCAGAUAUGAUGCGUCUGAGUAGUAGCGGUGGUGCCCUGGGCGGUGGUUUCCAUCGCGACAAGCUCGGAUCACCGUCUACCGGCUCGGAGGAUGGUGGCGCCGGAUGUAUCGAUUUGGCCGAGAUUGCUCAGGAGCUGGAUCAGGAUGAGUUCGACGGACCGGCCACUUUAAACGGAGAUCGGCCGGCGAUUAUUGCCCCGCCGGAAAGCGAGUGGUACCAUGGGCGACUCGAUCGAUACAGUGCAGAGCAGCGGCUGAAAACUGCCUCGAAGUUGGGCAGCUACCUUGUGCGGGAGAGUGAUCGAAAGCCGGGCUCGUACGUGCUAAGCUACCUCGGGCGCACCGGUAUCAAUCACUUUCGCAUUACGGCCGUCUGCGGCGACUUUUACAUCGGUGGCCGUCAGUUCUUUUCGCUUAGCGAUCUCGUCGGUUAUUACACCUCGUGCAGCGAUCUGUUGAAGCGGGAGCGGCUCGUGCAGCCCGUUGCACCGCCGGAACCGGUGAACGACAAGAAGCGUGUCGUCGCCAUCCUACCCUACACCAAGAUGCCCGACACGGACGAGCUGACGUUCCAGAAGGGCGAUAUCUUCUUCGUGCACAACGACAUGGGCGACGGAUGGCUGUGGGUGACGGCACACCGGACAGGCGAACAGGGAAUGAUCUUCCGUGAGCUGGUCGAAGACCUCGAUCCGGCCAUCGAUCCGAAUACCGUAUUCCCUUGGUUCCACCCGACGUGCACCAAGAACGAGGCGGUCGACAUGCUGGUGAAGGCGGGACCGGGCAGUUUCUUAGUGCGCCCAAGCGAUAACUCUCCCGGCGAUUACUCGCUGUUCUUCCACAUCAACAAUCAGAUCCAGCGGUUCCGCAUCGAGAAGAAGGGCGUCCGGUAUCUGAUGGGUGGACGGACGUUCGAGUGUCUGGACGCCGUCAUCAACCGGUACCGCAAGGAGCAGAUCGUCGAGGGGCACACCCUUAUGCACCCGGUCAUCAAUGGUAGCCAGCCGGAGUACCACCCGCCGACGAACCUGGCCAGUGCGGCCGAAAAGAUUUACGCCACACUGCGCGAGUGUCGCGAUCAGAACAUGCUCAAGAAGACGAAGGGCAUCAAGCAUCACGGGUACUUGCACAAGAAGUCGGACAAGACGGCGAAGUGGAAGCAGCUGUUCUUCGCCCUGCUGGUGGAGGGCUCCGAAACGCACCUGUGUUUCUAUGAUAGCCCGAAAAAGACCAAACCGAAGGGUUUGAUCGAUCUGUCGUGUGCUUAUCUGUAUCAGUGCCAUGAAUCGUUUUGGGAGCGCCAACACUGCUUCCAGAUAGUGGAGCGAGCGCUACCGUGCCUCGCCACGAUUACCUAUCUCUGUGCCAACAAUCAGGAGAGCUACAUCGAAUGGAUAUCUGCGCUGAAGUCGCACUGUGUCUCGCAGCUAAGCAAAGCACAGUCAAAGGUACCGCGGCUGCGCGAACUGCGUUGCCUCAAUCUGCAGAUCCUGGAGGCACAUCGGCUGCCGUUCAAGCUGGUGCCGCAUCCGUACUGCGUCGUUUCGCUCAACCAGGUGAAGGUUGGCAAGACGCGCGUCAAGACAGCCCCAGAUCCAGUUUGGGAGGAAGAAUUCGUACUAGAUGACGUGCCACCGGAUGUAGUGACGGUUACGAUAACCGUCCUGAGUCGUGGCAAACGAGGCAAGGACUCGGAGGUGGCCGAGUUGACGGUGGACCUGUGCAGCCUCAAAAAUGGUCAGGAAACGGAGGAGUGGUUCCCGCUCAACGGCAUGACGCCCAUGGGCGAGUGGGGCUCGAUCCGGCUGCGCAUCCGCUACUUGGACGACCUGGUGAUGCCGUGCGAGGAGUACAGCCCGCUGCAACAGCUGCUGGUCGAAUCGGAGCUGAACGCCGUCCGGGCGUUGUCAGAAAUCUGCCACAACGAUCGCAUCCCGCUGGCCACCUCGUUGCUGAAGGUGUUCCGGCACGAGAAGCGCGAGACGGAGCUGCUGCGGAUCCUGUGCCAGGCGGAGGUGGCUCGCGAAAACGAAACGUCCACCCUGUUCCGGGGUGCAUCGCUGGCCACCACGCUCAUGGAUCUGUACAUGCGCGCCGAGUGCACCCUCUUCCUGCAGUCGGCCGUCUCGGACACGAUCCAGCGGAUACUGGAGAGCAAGCAGUCGGCAGAACUCAACCCGACCAAGAUGGACGUCAACGAUGAUGCGUGCUCGAACGCCGAGUUUCUGCUAAUGAUUCUCGACCAGGUGACGCAGUCGAUCUUCACGUCGCCGGACGCGUGCCCCCGGACGGUGCGGUACAUCUGUAACUGCCUGCAGAAGGCGGUCGUCGCCAAGUGGGCCUCACCGAACGAACGGCUCGUCCGCACGCGCGUUGUCUCCGGGUUCAUCUUUCUGCGGCUGCUCUGCCCAGCGCUGCUCAACCCCCGUCAAUUCGGUCUAGUCAAUGAAACGCCGCACCAAAUGGCCACCCGGUCGCUGAUUAUGGUCGCCAAGUGUCUCCAAAAUUUGGCCAAUCUCGUCGAGUUCGGUGGAAAGGAACCGUACAUGGAAGUUGUCAAUCCGUUCAUACUGAAAAACAAGGAGCGCAUGAUCGUGUUCCUCGAUCAGCUUUCGUCCGUCACGGACCCGAAUCCACCGCCCGGAUGCAUCCCGGAGCAGAACAACUCCUGCACCCUCUCCAGCUCCGACGCUGGCCGCGAGCUCGCCACAUUGCAUCACAUCUGCGUAUCGUACCUGCCGGAGCUGCAGGCCAUGAGUAAAUCGAACAAUUCGCUCAAGAAACUCGUCACCGUGACGGAGAUGCUCUCCAAGCACAAGCUGAAGUACCGCGAGAUGAUCAGCUAAUCUGUGUGCCGAAGCAAGCCAACGUACCAACGUCUCUAACGUUUAACCGACGGUCGAAUGGGUGCUUCCUGCAAGCGGCACAUCAUGCAUCACCACCAGGGAACCUCGAAUACUUUUUUCUGUGAGGUUAACUUUAACUUUUCCUCCUUUCCGCCCUUCAGUAACCCGUCUUAAUUUCUCCUACAAAUAUUUUUGAUUUAACUAAAACCCAUCCGCCUUCUCUAUCGUGUAUGUAUGUAUGUAUGUAUGAGUGCGUGUGUACGUUUAUGUGUGUGUGUGUGCGUAUGCGUGAAUGCGUGCGUGUCCCAGUGUAAGAGAAUUGAUAACCGUUCACUCAGGAACAACUAACUUUAGGCAUAACAUAUGUACGACUGAUGAGGAUGUUGAAGACCGACGACUAACGGCGAUGAGUCAUCAAAAAAAAAAAAAAACCACACGUAAACCGAUUUUUGGAAAACUACAAAAUGAUAUAGCAGCAAGAGGAAAAACAAA